AAUUUGAAUGUUAAGAUAACGGAUUUUGGCUUUGCAAGAAAACUCGAUCCAGGUGAAGUUUUAUAUGAUUUAUGUGGAACCCCUGGUUAUUUGGCACCAGAAACAUUACGUUGCAGUAUGAUGGAAGAUGCACCCGGUUAUUCAUUCCAAGUUGAUAUAUGGGCCUGUGGUGUAAUCAUGUAUACCCUAUUGGUAGGAUGUCCACCCUUUUGGCAUCGUAAACAAAUGAUCAUGUUGAGAAAUAUAAUGGAAGGAAAGUAUUCAUUUUCAUCUCCUGAAUGGGCUGAUAUUUCUGAAGCGCCAAAAGACUUAAUUAGAAAACUACUAGUUGUAGACCCCAAUCACAGGAUUACUAUUAAAGAAGCACUUGCUCAUCCAUUUUUCCAGACCGUGCAAAUGUGGGAUCAAGACAUAGCACCACUGAAGCAUUCUUUAAGGCGCGAUAGUCACCGUUUUAGUCGUAUUGCACAUCUAGCACUGGUAAUUUAGUCACACUAAUUUUCUUUUUCUUCUUUCUCUUUUUUGAAGUGAAACUUCUUUAUCGACGAUAGAAAGAAAAUUUACCUUUAUCAACUGUAGGAAGGAAAUUUACUAGGGCACAAAACCGAAAACUGUGACGUUACUGUGUAACGCGCCAUGUGUGACCCCUGGUGGAUAAGUCCAAAAGGAGUCGUCUUAACAGGCUUCAGAAGCUUGCCUUGGUAGCAACCAAUAAUCCGAAAAUUGCCAAUUCGACAAAUUGUCAGCAGAUUGCACCUACGAUUUACUGCAUAUGUAUUGCAAAUGCGUUUCUGUUUGUUUUAUUUUGUAAUUCCUCUCUGCAGUGUGGUGCAAGCGUAAAAGUUUUUAACAAA